GACUGCAGUAAGAGCGCAUAAUCGUCGGCUGUGGGCCCGUUUCCCCGAGUGAUACUCAAAAGGAAUCCUGAGAGGAUCAAGGUGUGCCAAAAAGUUAACACAAUUUUAGCACAAUUUUGGCUGGAGUACUCUGAUCGCCAUGUCGUCCGCGGCGCCUGAAACAAGCAGAGCGCAACAGGCGCCUCGUGUGUCAGCUACUUCAGAGCAAAGCCCUGCUGAUGGUCUCCCUGGGAAGACCAAAGCAUGUAAAGAGUGCAUUCGAAACAAGUCUCGCUGCGACAAGGGACCGUGGCCAUGCAGCCAAUGCGUCAAACGUGGAGUGGCUGACCUGUGCCCGCUUGGUAGCCUGUCCACCAAGCACAGGAAGCGAAAGGUAUCCGAAGUUUCCAGCCAGUCGCUGAAUGGUGCGGACCGACAACGAGCCGAAAGUAUGUCAUCGAGCACUGGGGAAAGCAUCGAUCAUGGGCGUGAGACUAUCAGACGCCAUAAUGUGGACCAUAGUGGGCCAGUACAUGCGGGAAUGUUUUUGUCAGCAUCUGAAGGUCAAAGUGUUCAAGCGGGGCCCAGCCGUCAGCUGCACUCCCCUCAUGCAGUCGACCACCCCCCAACACAAGUUCAUAACAUUCUCACGGGCGAUCAACGCGACGAGGAUGCUCGAAUCGUACCAGAAAGUCGCGCAAAACGAGCCGAACGCCACCAAGCGAAGAAGAGAACACGAGAGCGGGCGCAUUAUGGGUCUCCUUCUCCUCAGCUAGACGCCGGCACCUUGUGUUCAGCGCACCACAGUCGAGCACCGCGUUAUCUUGGUCCGAGUGGACAUAGCUAUUUUCUGGCACAUCAACAGAAUGGAAACGAUGUCAUGGAACAUUUCUCAAGGCAUGCAAGUCCGGAGCCGCUUCCGUUAUCCUUGCCUGCAGACGUCGCUGGCAUCUCUCCCUUGUCCUGCGAAGGCGCCAGCUCUGCGUAUUUGGGCACCAAGGGUUCCGGUGAGCAGGCAACAUAUCCAGGAACGAACGCGACGGCAGAUGCAGAUCGCGCUCGAAGAUUGCAACGGGUAAGACAAGCAAUCCAUCUUGAGCCCGUGCCAAGCGUUCGCCUGCGUUGGAUGCAUUCGGACCUCGUCGAAGAGCUGUCCACCCGUCUCCCACCAUACCGAGAAGCUGCGCGAGCGCUGAGGGUGUACAGAGCCAAUGUCACAUGGAUGUGGAGCGUCAUCUACGAUUGCGACUCAUUCGAGCAAGAUCAUUUUCAAGCUUUCUACCAGCAACAUGACCAUUUAUCGCGAAGCCCAGAUACCGACAGAGCACCUCAAAUCACCAAAGGUGCUGAAACGCAGCACCCGCACGUUCUUUCCGUCAUUUUUAUGGUAUUAUCGCUUGGUACGCUUUUUGACGUUCGCAACUCGCCUGACUCCGAAGGCAAAGCGGAACUCUACUAUCGCUGCGCCUGGCGUGCUCUGUCGCUCUCGAAUUACCAGGAUUCUCAUACUGUCGAGAGCGUGCAGGCGCUUCACCUGAUCGGGCAAUAUCUGUGCAAUCGCAAGUCCGGCAAGAAUGCCGAUUCCUUCUACCCAAUUCUUGUCUCUGCCUGUGGCUUGGCAGUAUCAAUGGGCUUGCAUCGUGACACGAGCGAGUGGCAAGAGGCCGAGGAAGUCGCGCAGGAACGCAGGAAGAUCUUUUGGGAAUUGAUGGCCACCGACGCGUUCAGAAGCCUGGCAUAUGGACGACCGACCAAUCUCAACGUGCUGCAUGCCAGCACGAAUUUCCCUCAACAACAGCUUUCUCGGCCCUCAGCACCACAUCAAGCUGCGGAGGACGAUUUUCACACGCUCAAGUUUCGUGUGGUGCACUGUCUCAACCAGAUUCUGAAUGCUUGCUUCCACCGUUCCGUCUCAUACGACACGGUCUUGCACUACGAUGCCGAGCUACGUGAACUUCAGCGUUCGGUUCCGUCAUCCAUGCGAGCGCGUACUGUGCUAUUUCAGUCGACCCGAACGUCAGAUUUGGAUGCAGCAUCCGAGUCAUUGCGUCACAGCGACGCCAAAGCCCUGAAUGCGAUGCGACAGGAACUGCAAUCACACACACUAGCUGCGAAUAUCGAGCAAGCACUCCUUCACCUCCAUCGCCCCUGGUUCAUUCGCGCUUUACACAGUCGAACUGAUCCACUCUCUUCGCCGUACUCGCAGUCAGUCGCAGCUGUGAUGCAGUCCUCGCAUGCUCUCAUCAGGCUCUGUCGUUCAAUCUUGCAGCGCGUUCCCCGCAUUGUGCGUCGUUGGGUUUUCUUUUUUCAGCACGUCUUCAACUCGGCCAUCUGUCAGGCGUUGCACGUGUGCUUUGCGCCGCGCAGUGUCUCCGCCACGAGCGCUUUCGAAGAUCUCGAGGAUGCUCUGCAGCUCCUUUCGCAAGUCAAGACGGACCUUGACGAGGUUACUUGGGGAAGGCGGCUGGACAUGCUUGAGAAGUUGCGCAUCAAGGCUGAGUUGACUUAUCGCGGAUUGCAGACUGGUGGUGCUUCUGUACAUGCUUCCGCAUCAACAAGCGAAGACACAUCUGUGGAAGAACUUGGCACCUUUGUAGGGGGUACGUCUAGAAUUGCACCACGGACGUCGCGGUCGAACAAUGCCAGCAUUCACUUUCCUUUGAGAGGUUCAGCGUUUCCAACAAGCUCCUCGCACGACGAGGGCGUACAGGACCGACCACCGACUCGAACAGAAUCUCUUGCCCGGCCCAGCCGGGCGCCUACACCCUGUGUGGCUUCGAAUAGCGGGCACUUCGUGCCUCCCGGACCAGUCGGGCCACAGCCUACUGUCGCAAAUGACCCGUUUCCCCCGUACCCCAUGUAUGAUUCGGACAGCGGCUUCAGCAUGGAUGCCCCUCAGGACUUUGCAUCUGCCGAUAUUGUCCAGCAAAAUGCACUUAUGGCCGGUCUUCUAGGAGAGGAGACAUUCGAGAGCGACAGUCAAUUCUGGCUCUCGCUUCUAGGAGUUGGAGGGAUGGCGCGCCGGUGAUCAAAAAGAGCGGAAUGCUAUAGUCUUGGUUGCAAUGAAAACCCUGUUGUU